CAGCUGGAGAGCUGGGUCAUCCAGGCAAAGAGGGCAAAAGGGGAAAGAGAGGAAAGCCUGGGGAGCCUGGACCAAGAGGCCCACCUGGUCCUUUAGGAACCUCAGAGGGAGCAAGUGUCAAGGGGGAGAAGGGGGAGUCUGGCAUCCCUGGGGAAAAGGGAGAGAGAGGAGAUCCCGGUCAGCCAGGUGCAGAGGGGACUGGUGGCGUGAAAGGACAAAAAGGUGACAUUGGCCCGCCUGGUCCUCCUGGUCCUCCUGUGUCUGUGAUGACAGCACAUGGGUUAAGACAGCUCUCUGGAACUGAUGAAAGCACUCAGAAGGGUGAAAAGGGAGCCGAGGGCGAGAGAGGAGCUCAAGGACCACCGGGCCUUAAGGGAAGCAUAGGACCACCGGGACUGAAGGGAGAUCAAGGACCAGAGGGAAAACAAGGUCUACCUGGAUCCAUUGGGCUUCCUGGACUCCCAGGCAAUGCUGGCUUACCAGGGGAGCCAGGGGUGCCUGGGAGAGAUGGCCUGAAAGGAGAAAAGGGAGACUCUGGUGGAGUGAUUGGGCCACAGGGGCCUCCUGGUCCUAAAGGGGAACCUGGAGAACCCGGUGGUGGAUAUAUGAGUGAAGGGCUGUCACUGAAUAGAGGGUCUCGCGGGCCUAAGGGUGAGAGAGGUGUGCCUGGACUGCCUGGAGACCAUGGAGAGAAAGGAGAACCUGGGGAGAGCAUUAUUGGCCCCGUGGGACCCCCAGGGAAGCCAGGAGCUGAGGGUCUUCGUGGACCACCAGGUUUUUCUGGCCCUCCUGGAGCUCCAGGAAGGGAGGGCUCCCCUGGUAGACCAGGUCCACCGGGCCCUGCUGGACCCCCAGGUGAACCAACUGCUCUGCCUAUCGUUGGAGACAUGGGUGCUUUACUGAAGAACGCCUGCAGUCUUUGCCAGACAAGAGUUCCCGGGCUGCCUGGGCAGAAGGGAGAGAAGGGGUCCCCUGGAGCGCAAGGAGUAGAAGGCUUUGUUGGAGAAAAGGGGGAUCCAGGUGUAAGAGGUCCAAUGGGUAAUCCAGGAAAAGAAGGCCCAAAGGGUGUAAAAGGAGAGAGAGGGUUCCCAGGUCCCACUGGAGAUAAAGGUGACGAGGGGCCACCUGGAGCUCCAGGACUUCCUGGUGUGGCUGGCCGAACAGGAGCACCGGGACUAGUAGGUAGACCUGGUCCAGUGGGUCCACAAGGAUCAAAAGGAGAAAAAGGAAAUGAAGGACCUCCAGGCAGACAAGGACUUCCAGGUCCUCCAGUAAGUAUCUGA